AUGGCCUCCUCUUCUUCCUCUUCCGAGGUGAGGGCCGCGAGCAGGAGGAUCGUCGAUUACCUCAACGACGGCGAGGAGCUCGGGGCCGAGAGGGCGGCGGUGGAGACGCCGCCGUGCUCCCCUGCGGCGGCGACUGCGACUGCGGUUGCGGUUGCGGUGGGGGAACCCGCGAGGUCGUUGGCGCUGCCCAGGUUCAGGUGGCCGCGGCUAGUCAGGCGCAGGCUCCGGAGGAAGGGAGGCGGCGACAAGGGGAAGGAGGAGGUCGUGGUGGAGAAGGGCGACGACCUCCCCGUGGCGCCGGCCGUGUCGACCUCAGGAUGCGAAUCAUCAGCGGGGAGCGACAAGAGGCAUUCCGACCUCGGCGUCGGGCUAAGCCUGGUGUUCCUCCUGGCGAAGACAUCCGACGAGUUCAACAAGAUGGUCAAGGUGCGCGCGGAGAUGGAGGCGCUCCUGAAAGAGAUCAGAGACGAGGUUCGGAUCCAGAGCGGCGGCGGCGGCACCGGCACCGACGGCCACGACGACGCGUCGAAAGACCGCAACCGCGAGUCCACCACGUCGAGCUGCGUCACUACCGACGGCAACGAGGUCCAGAGCGCUCGCGCUCGCAUGGAGUACCAGGCCGCCUCGUCUGGCGUGGAGCUCGCGGGCUACGAGAAGUCGUUGUCGUCCGGGGAUGGUGCAGGUUGCUGUGCGAGAAUGGACGUGCUUGAAGAGGAGUUCCACGCCGAGAUGGAGCUGCUUCAGGUUAACUACGGCUCAGAGACACCGUCAUUUCUGCCUGACCCUGAAGAAGAAGAGGAACACUAUUCCGAGCCGUACGACGAGAUGGCCGACUACCGGAAUGGAAUUGAUGACGAUUCAGGGGCAGUUGUUGAGGAGGACGAAGACGACGAUAAUGAUCAUGAUGAUAACGCUGAGUACAACGGAGUUUCUGCCGUACAGCUGGAGAGAAGGCUCCACGAGCUUCUCCAUGAAAGAAACCGGGACCGGAUUGAGGAGCUGGAUGCCGCGCUGCGGCGUGCGGAGCAGAAGCUCGUUGAGAAGGAAAUGGAGGUGUCCUUGUGGAAGGACACGGCUAAGUUUGCGUUGAGACAGGACAAGGAGUUGCAGUGA